AUGCUUGCCACCAUCCCUGCCGUCCUCUACAUUGAUCAACUCGGUCGCAAGCCGGUUCUGAUCGCUGGUGCCCUCGGUAUGGGUAUCUCACACAUUAUCGUCGCUGCUCUGUACGGCUCCUUUGGACCCACUGAAUGGAAGGGCCAUGCUGCCGCUGGUUGGGUCGCCGUCGUCUUCGUUUGGAUUUACGAGAUCAACUUCGGAUACUCUUGNGGGAGUAAGUUUGAACCUCGAAUACUGUUCUCUACGACUUGA